AUGGCUGGAAUCAAUGAGGGAGAGGAGAUUACCGGAUUGGAAGAGAAGUUGGAGCUAGCAUAUAUAAAAGAAGAGAGCUAUUGGAGAGAAAAAUCUAGAGUCAAAUGGCUAAAAGAAGGAGAUCAGAACACCAGAUUCUUUCACCAGAAAUUUCAAUCAAGGGUACGAAGGAACAGAAUUUGGAGAUUAGUUGGGAGGAACAAUGAGAUUGCAUCGAAAUCGGAGGAUAUUGCAAAAGUAGCUGAAGACUACUUCUGCGAUAUUUUUACUUCUUCUUAUUCGGUUGAUCCGAAUCCAUAUUUGGAGGAUUUGGAGCCUAAGGUUACAGCUUCCAUAAACCGUAGGCUCCAAAGACCGGUAACUAUGGACGAGGUCAAAAGAACUACGUUCAGUGUUCAUGCUCAGAGUGCUCCUGGUGAUGACGGGUUUACAGUUAAGUUUUUUCAUUUUUUUUGGGAUAUAGUUGGAGGUGACAUUUUUAAGGCAGUGCGAAGUUUUUUCCACAGUGGCAGAAUUCUAAAAAGCUUCAAUCAUACUCAAAUUUGUUUGAUUCCAAAGGUGCCAGAUGCCAGUGACAUGACUCAGAUUAACUGGACUAAGGAAUUGGUAAUGACUGUUUCUUACUCUGUUGUUGUGGAAGGGCAACCUUUUGGCUACUUUAGGCCAAAUAGGGGCAUCCAACAGGGGUCACCUAAUACAAGGCAAAGUAUUUUGGAAUUGCUAGAGAUCUACGAGGGAUUUAGUGAGCAAAAAGUCAAUUUGAACAAGUCGGCCAUCUUUUUCAGUCACAAUACACCUCAAAACACAAGGCUAGCAAUUGCACAGACACUAAAUAUUGAACAUAUCGGAACCCAAGACAAAUACUUGGGGUUGCUCUCCAUAGUUCAGAAAUUAAAGAAAACCACCUUUGGAGCUAUCAAGGAUAAAGUUCAGAAGAGAAUUAUGGGUUGGAAAAGAAGUUUAUUGUCCUCAGAUGGCAGGCACACGCUAUUGAGAGUGGUGGGGGAAGCGAUUCCUAUUUACACACUCUCUUGUUUCAAGCUCCCGGACACGCUGUUAACUAAAAUUCAUAGCAUGCUCUCGCAAUUUUGGUGGGAUCAAAAAGGCGCAGAACGAAGAAUGAUUUGGAUUAAAUGGGACACAAUGACGAUACCGAAGAAAGAUGGAGGGUUGGGGAUUAAAGACCUAAGGGCACAAAUUUUGGCCUUAUUGGGCAAGCAAUGUUGGCGUCUAAUGAAAUACCCUAAUUCUACACUGUCAAUAAUAUUCAAAGCUAAAUAUUUUAGAUACACAGAUUUCUUACAUGCAAAAAUAGGAAGCAUACCGUCGUGGGGCUGGAGAAGUGUUCUUGAAGGUCGCAAGAUGAUUGAGAAAGACUUGUUAUGGAAAAUAGGCUCUGGUGCUAAUGUAUGCAUCUUCCAUGAUCCCUGGCUCCCACCACCAUGUCCCUCAAGCUGCAGUCACAAUCCCACCGAAUCUGCAAGUGUAUUAUGUUAG